AUGACGCCUAUCAGUUUGCUUGAUUGCUCAACUGGAAAAUUGGAACAUUUAAACUUGAAAUUUGUGGCCAGACUGGAAAGUCGAUUGUCCAGUCUUCUUAGGGAGCUUGUCCAGUUACAACACUCUUUAGAUAGCCACAAAACGCUGACCACUGCUACACCCAUGUCUACCAAGACAAUGUCCAAAGAUUUUCUGGUGAACAGGAUUGAGCAACAUCAGAAGGAACAAAUUGAAAAAUGUUGUCAAUUGUUGCAGGCUUCAUCAGAGCACCUCAUGGAUCUGACAAUGCUUCAUCCAUCAGCUCCAUGGGGUCCAUUAAGAAGGCCCUUGUUUCAAAAUGGAACCACUGUUGAGCAAAUCAUGGCUGCACUUCCCAGGUCUUCUUCAAUCAAUAGCAAAGUCAAAGCGGUCAUAGAAGCACUGAUGAAGGCAGUGAACUACAAACAAUUGAUGUGCCAACAACAGAUUCAAGCAUUGAAAGCAGAACUGAAAUUCCACAGAGAGGUCUACAGUCUCCAGAUUUCUUACACCCAUUCACUAAUGACAUCUUUGAGAGAAGGAUACAAAAAAUUUCACGACUCAACAGCUGAGACACUUUUUCUCCCAUUGAAAGACAUUCUGAAUGCUUUUUUUCAACUGAAAAGCAAAGGAGAUGAAGAGUCUUGGACUAAUUUUUUGAGCAGAUUUAAAGCCAAUGCAGAUACACUGGAAAAGGCCACAGAAUGGAUGUCAGAACAUCAUUUACAUAGCAAAGAGGUUCUUUUCGACAGUUACAUGUCUGACUUUCAUCAGGCCCUUGCUCAGCUGGAGCUGACCAACCAAAAUAAAAAGUCUGAAGCUUCACAGCUACGAUCUGAAAACCUUAUUGAGUCUGGACUAAAAACACCACAUGUGCGUCGCUUGGCAAGGUUUGCUGAAAAGAGCGUGUUUCUCCAUGCGCUAUGCUUUUUGUAUGGGCUGCCUGUGGCAGGAUUGGCCAAUGGGAGAAUGCCCCAUUGUCACAUGAUCUAUCUCCCCACGCAUGGGUAA